AUGGGCGACUGGAGUUUCCUGGGGAAUAUCCUGGAGGAGGUGAAUGAGCACUCCACGGUCAUCGGCCGCGUGUGGCUCACGGUGCUUUUCAUCUUCCGGAUCCUCAUCCUUGGCACGGCCGCGGAGCUCGUGUGGGGGGAUGAGCAGUCCGACUUCGUGUGCAACACCCAGCAGCCAGGCUGCGAGAAUGUCUGCUACGACGAGGCCUUCCCCAUCUCCCACAUCCGCCUCUGGGUGCUGCAGAUCAUCUUCGUCUCCACGCCGUCGCUGGUGUACGUGGGGCACGCGGUGCACCACAUCCGCAUGGAGGAGAAGCGCAAGGAGCGCGCGGCCGAGGAGCUGGGCCAGCAGUCGCCUGGCAACGGCGGCGGCGAGAGGGCGCCCCUCCCAGCGGACCAGGGCAGCAUCAAGAAGGGCAGCGGCAGCAGCAAAGGCACCAAGAAGUUCCGGCUGGAGGGGACUGUGCUGAGGACCUACGUCUGCCACAUCAUCUUCAAGACCCUCUUUGAAGUGGGCUUCAUCGUGGGCCACUACUUCCUGUACGGUUUCCGGAUCCUGCCUCUCUAUCGCUGCAGCCGGUGGCCCUGCCCCAACGUGGUGGACUGCUUCGUGUCACGGCCCACCGAGAAAACCAUCUUCAUCCUGUUCAUGCUGUCCAUGGCCUCUGUGUCCCUCUUCCUCAAUAUUAUGGAGGUGAGUUACCUGGCCCUGAAGAAAAUCCGAUCUGCCUUCAAGAAGCCAGUGGAGCAGCCGCUGGGGGAGAUUCCUGAGAAGUCCCUCCACUCCAUUGCUGUCUCCUCCAUCCAGAAGGCCAAGGGCUACCAGCUCCUCGAAGAAGAGAAAAUCGUGUCCCAUUAUUUCCCUUUUACUGAGGUUGGGAUGGUGGAGGCCAGCCCACUUUCUGCCAAGCCUUUCACUCAGUUCGAGGAGAAGAUGGGCACCGGGCCCCUAGGGGACUUGUCCAGGGCCUACCAAGAGACGCUGCCUUCCUACGCUCAGGUGGGAGCCCAGGAGGGGGAGGAGGAGGGACAGCCUGCGGAGGCGGGAGAAGAACCAGAGGUGCGAGCAGAACCGGAGGCGGGAGAGAAGAGUCAGGAGGCAGAGAGAGUGAGCACGGAAGGCCAGGAGCAGGAGACCCUGGCCGUGCUGGAGGAGGAGAAAAUAGAGACCCCCGAAGUGGGGAAGGAGGUUGAGAAAGAAGAGCUGACGCCUGAGACGGUAUCACAGCAGGGGCUGCCGCCUGAGAAGGCGCCUUCACUGUGUCUGGAGCUGCCCGGGGAUGACCCCAGACCCCUGAGCAGGCUGAGCAAAGCCAGCAGCCGCGCCAGGUCAGACGAUCUAACGGUAUGA